AUGGCCAGGCCCCCCCCCCCAGGCCGCGCCCCCUCUGCCCAGCCGUCCGGGCGCCCUGCCCACACCCGGCGUCCCCCCGGCACCCGGUCUGCUUGCUCUUCCCUAACUCCCGAGCCAGACCAGGUCCUCCUCUCCCGCCCCCGUACCCCCUCGCCCCUCCGUCCCGCCUCCACUCCGGGCCCCAUCCAUGGGUGCGCCUCUAUCCGCUCGUCCCCGCCUCUGCUCGCCGCCCCCACCAGGCCUCCCCCUGCCCCGGGCACCCCGCCCCUGCGCGCCCUCGGGCGGUCCUCCCCGGGCCUCCUCCACCCUGCGCGGUCCCAGAGGGAGAACCGACCAGCGAACAGUGGAGGGACGCCCGCCCGGAGGCCGGGCUGGGACAGAGCGGGUUCCUGGGGCGCCCAUCCGAGCGGGCGGGCGGGGAAGCGGACAAUCUCCCCCCAGGGCCCCCCGGUUCGCUACGCUGCCCGGAGGGAGAACGGAGACUCCCCGCGCUUCGGUCUCGUGGAGCUGACUAGGGAGGCGCGCCUGCCCGGAGCCGCCGGCGUCGGUCCCGGGACCGCAAGGUCCACGCGCGCCGCGGGUUCAAACCCAGCCGGUGGAAAGGCCGGGGGACUCGGGAGUGGAUCUUUUCGGGGUGACUCUGACCCCUGCCCUCCGACUCAGCCGUGGGCACGAGUCCUUACGUCCCCGGCCUACUGCUUCUCGGUUUUGAAAUACAGGCCUUCAGUUCUGACAAGUCCGAACCAACAGCCGGCGAAGUGGUACCUCGAGGCCCCAGACUAUUUUUAUGCGGCCAUCUGCAUCCUGGGCCAGGCCUGGCGGGCAGCAGCAGCCCGAGGAAUCCCAAGGCAGGUGGUGACAGCCGGACAGCUGGGACGCGGCCCUGCCCGCGACUGUCCUGAGGAUGCUGCAAGUGUGUCGUGA